CCAAGAACUAAUCAACCAAACACAAAUUUCAUUACUUUUUGUGCCUAUUUUAGUUUAUAUUUUAUACAUUUUGAUAGUUGAAGUUUACCGUUAUAAAUUAGAAAAUAACUAUGGACGUUCUUUGUGGAGUUUUCAUGUGCUUCCUGUGCAUGUGGGUUUCCUCCAAGUUCUCCCGGCUCUUCCAAUAUCUCCUGCCCCCAAUAAUAAAUGUGUGUUAGGAUAGUUGGUAACUUUAAAUUGCAAUUAGGUGUAAGUACAUGCGUGCUUGUCUGCCUUUGUGUGUCUUUGUGGUAAUGAUGUGAUGCAUUGGGCUGUACAUUGCCCUUCCUUUGUUGACAGCUGAGAUAUUCAUCUCACUUGACCCUGAGCACCAAGUCAGUGAUAAAUCUUCUGUUGGUGAUGAUUCUAGGGGCAUCCUUUCUCAAACAAAAGAUGGGACACAUGUGCUGUCGUCGGGAAUGGUGGGAUCCUGGCAAACAGCAACUGUGGAGAAAUGAUCAACUCAGCUGAGUUUGUUAUCAGAUGCAACCUACCUCCUUUGUCAGAUGGAUAUGAGAAACAUGUUGGUACCAAGACAGACCUUGUGACUGCAAACCCAACAAUCUUCUUUAAAAAGUUUGAGUCUCUUGUAGGACGCCGACGUCCACUAAUGGAAAAGCUGAGCAGCUACGGCAACUCGAUGGUGCUCCUUCCUGCCUUCUCCUUUGGAAUGAACACAGCUGUAUGUAUGCGGGCUCUUUACACCAUCCAGGACUUUCAAAGUGCCAUCCAACCUGUUUUCUUCAACCCUGAGUACCUCUAUAAACUCUCUCUCUUUUGGCGCUCACACGGGCUGAAAGAAGCACGGCUCAGCACUGGAGUCAUGAUGACAAGCCUGGCUUUGGAGCUCUGUGACAAUGUGCAUCUUUACGGGUUUUGGCCCUUCAGUGUUCAUCCAUACAGCUUCAAGAACCUGACCAACCACUAUUAUGAUGACAUGAAGCCAAAUACAAAUUUUCACUCCAUGCCAGUUGAGUUUAACAUUUUGUUGCAGCUACACAAACAGGGUGUGCUACGCCUACACCUUGGCGAGUGUAAGCCAAAUGAUUACUAA